AGUGUAAUUACUAUUACAGACCACAGGCACAAUUUAAGAUAUACUUACAUGUUACAUGGCUGUUGGCUGCAUAUUUUUAYACGAUUCGAUAAUGACAACAUCAAUUCUUAUAAAAAUAUGAGUUAACGUUACGACAAUAUGUCAAUAAACUAAAUUUAGUGGAAUUGUCGAUUUCUCGUUAUGUCUGACAUUAAUGUUGUACUUUAAGUUUAAAUACACGAAAAAAUGAUUACUACCAUCCAUACAAAAAUACAAUAGCCGAGCACAACAAAUACAAUCGAAGAGCAAAUCAUUUUUAACAUAUUAAACGAAAUUAAAGCRUUCAAAAGAAAACCACUUAAUUAUUACAAAAAAUCAAAACGUUCAAUUUUUCAAAAAAUAUGGAUGUGAAAUUAAGUUUAAUUCUUAUGCUAUCAUUGCCACUGGUAACACCUAUACGUUGGCUAAUGCAUCCGAACACACAAAAAUGUUUACGUGAAGAACUCAGACAAAAUGUUUUAGUAAAAGGUGAUUAUGAGAUUGCACCAAUUGAAGGUCAAUUUAUGGAUUAUAUUGUUAGGGACUCUAAAGGACAUAUCUUAGCUAAUAAACAAGACAUUACUAAAGGAAAGUUUACAUUUAGUACUGAAAAUUAUGAUAUGUUUGAAAUUUGUUUUACCUCUCGUGUACCUGGGUAUCAACGAGGAACUUUGCAGGAAGUUGCAUUACAUAUUAAAACUGGUGUUGAAGCAAAAACUUAUGAAGGAAUUGGAGAAGUGGCUAAAUUGAAACCUUUAGAAUUGGAUCUGAAAAUGUUGGAAGAUUUAUCAUCAUCUAUUGUUCAAGAUUUUUCUGAUAUGAAGCAUCGUGCUGAAGAAAUGCGUAAUACGAAUGAAUCAACAAGUAGAAGAGUGCAUUGGUUUAGUAUGUUUAGUAUUAUUUGUUUAUUUGGAUUGAGCGUAUGGCAGAUUUUAUACUUAAGGAGAUAUUUUAAAGCUAAGAAACUUAUUGAAUAAUAUUAAUUUGAWUCUAUUAAAAAUGUAUUUUUCUCUUACAGUCUUACAUUAAAAUAUGUAU